AUGGCCCAAAGGUUAAAAAAGAAGACCUCGAUGGUCACCCCAUAUUAUCUAGAUACUGCACUUGGAACUUCUGAAUUAGGAAAAUCUAUUAAUAAUCUUACAGCAAGUAUGGUUGAAGAAGGUACAGAAGACUACUCUCCAUUACUAAAGGCUGUAAAGAAUGGUCACCUUGAUGAAGUAAAAAGCCUUGUAAAUCAAGGGGCAAACGUAAAGCGGAGUAACGCUGGGGCCGCUCACCUUGGACAUCUUCAUGCUAUCAAGUAUCUGAUCAGUCGAGGGGCUGAUGUGAAGGAAGGAGACAAUAAUGGUGUGACUGCAUUGCACGUUGCUGCCCUGAAUGGUCACCUUGAUGUCACAACAUAUCUAACCAGUCAAGGGGCUGAGAUUAACAAAGGAACUAACUAUGGGCAGUCUGCAUUACACUUUGCUGCUUUCAAUGGUCAUCUUGAUGUCAUUGAAUAUCUGGUCAGUCAAGGGGCUGAGGUCAAUGAAGAAGAUAACGAUAAUGUGACUGCAUUACACUUUGCUACUUACAAUGGUCAUCUUGAUGUCAUCAAAUAUCUGAUCAGUCAAGGCGCCGAGGUGAAUAGUGGAAACGAUAAUGGUUGGACUGCAUUGCACGUGGCUGCUUGCAAUGGUCACCUUGAUGUCAUUGAAUAUCUGGUCAGUCAAGGGGCCGAGGUGAAUAAAGAAAAGAACAAUGGUGUGACUGCAUUAUACAUUGCUGCUGGGAAUGGUCAUCUUGAUGUUGUCAAAUAUCUGAUUACUGAAGGCGCUGAGGUGAAUAAAAGACAUAUUGAUGGUGAGACUGCAUUAUACAUUGCUGCUCAGGAAGGUCAUCUUGAUGUUGUCAAACAUCUCACCAGUCAAGGGUCUGAGAUGAAUAAAGGAGAUAUUAAUGGUGAGACUGCAUUACACAUUGCUGCUAAGAAUGGUCAUCUUGAUGUCGUCAAACAUCUGAUUAGUGAAGGCGCUGAGGUGAAUAAAGGAGAUAUUAAUGGUGAGACUGCAUUACACAUUGCUGCUCAGAAUGGUCAUCUUGAUGUUGUCAAAUAUCUCACCAGUCAAGGGGCUGAGACUAAUAAAGGAAAUAUCAAUGGUGUGACUGCAUUACACAUUGCUGCUAAGAAUGGUCAUCUUGAUGUUUUCAAAUAUCUCGCCAGUCAAGGGUCUGAGAUGAAUAAAGGAGAUAUUAAUGGUAAGACUGCAUUACACAUUGCUGCUAAGAAUGGUCAUCUUGAUGUCGUCAAACAUCUGAUUGGUGAAGGCGCUGAGGUGAAUAAAGGAGAUAUUAAUGGUGAGACUGCAUUACACAUUGCUGCUGGGAAUGGUCAUCUUGAUGUUGUUAAAUAUCUCACCAGUCAAGGGGCUGAGACUAAUAAAGGAAAUAUCAAUGGUGUGACUGCAUUACACAUUGCUGCUAAGAAUGGUCAUCUUGAUGUCGUCAAACAUCUUACCAGUCAAGGGUAUGAGAUAAAUAAAGAAAUGAAGAAUGGUUUGACUGCAUUACACAUUGCUGCUUUCAGUGGUCAUCUUGAUGUCAUUAAAUAUCUGGCCAGUCAAGGGGCUGAGGUCAAUGAAGAAGAUAACGAUAAUGUGACUGCAUUACACUUUGCUGCUGAGAAUGGUCAUCUUGAUGUCGUCAGAUAUCUGAUUAGUGAAGGCGCUAAGGUGAAUAAAGAAAUGAUCAAUGGUUUGACUGCAUUAAACAUUGCUGCUCAGAAUGGUCAUCUUGAUGUCGUCAAAUAUCUCACCAGUCAAGGUGCUGAGGUGAAUAAAGAAACUGACAAUGGUGCGACUGCAUUAUACAUUGCUGCUGGGAAUGGUCAUCUUGAUGUCGUCAAACAUCUGAUUAGUGAAGGCGCUGAGGUGAAUAAAGGAGAUAUUAAUGGUGAGACUGCAUUAAACAUUGCUGCUGAGAAUGGUCAUCUUGAUGUCGUCAAAUAUCUGAUCAGUCAAGGGUUUGAGGUGAAUAAAGAACAGAACAAUGGUGUGACUGCAUUAUACUUUGCUGCUCGGAAUGGUCAUCUUGAUGUCAUUGAAUAUCUGACCAGUCAAGGAGCCGAGGUCAAUAAAGGAGAUAGCAUUGGGUGGACUGCUUUACAUAUUGCUGCUCGCGUUGGUCAUCUUGAUGUCGUCAGAUAUCUGAUUAGUGAAGGCGCUGAGAUAAAUAAAGGAAAUAACAAUGGUGUGGCUACAUUAUACAUUGCUGCUCGGAAUGGUCAUCUUGAUGUUGUCAAAUAUCUGAUCAGUCAAGGGGCUGAGAUUAAUAAAGGAGAUAUCGAUGGUGUGACAGCUUUAUACAUUGCUGCUGAGAAUGGUCAUCUUGAUGUCGUCAAAUAUCUCAGCAGUCAAGGUGCUGAGGUGAAUAAAGGAAAAUACAAUGGUGUGACUGCAUUAUACCUUGCUGCUCAGAAUGAUCAUCUUGAUGUCGUCAAAUAUCUCACCAGUCAAGGGGCUGAGAUUAAUAAAGGAGAUAUCGAUGGUGUGACUGCAUUAUACAUUGCUGCUCGGAAUGGUCAUCUUGAUGUUGUCAAAUAUCUCUCCAGUCAAGGGGCUGAGAUUAAUAAAGGAAAUAUCAAUGGUGUGACUGCAUUUCACAUUGCUGCUCAGUAUGAUCGUCUUGAUGUUGUCAAAUAUCUCACCAGUCAAGGGUCUGAGAUGAAUAAAGAAUGUAUCGAUGGUGCGACUGCAUUACACAUUGCUGCUCGGAAUGGUCAUCUUGAUGUCGUCAAAUAUCUGGUCAGUCAGGGGCUGAGGUGA